GGGAGGGGUCGCACUUAUUUCACUUCAUAUUUACCUGUAUGAAAACUUUGUGUGUGUGUUUGGGCUGUGCAUGAGUUGUCUCAGAGUUUCCAUGUUUCUUUUGUUGAUUUUGUAAAUGUUCAAGGGAAGACCACUUGAUUUCAGUACAUUUUUUUGACGGGGAGGACGGGGUAGUUACAGGGUCAUUUCAAAUCCAGGCAUCCAGGGUUCAGUGUGUCUCCCUGCUUUUCCAGGUGUGCAGCUGAACCAUCCAAACAUGUCAGUAUCAACCAGAACUGUUGAAGAUGUGAGGACGGUCCUGAAGUCUUCUAAAGAGUGUGAUCCAGACAAUGUGAUGAGUUUCUAUGACAAAUGGGCAGCAGACUAUGAAAAGGAUGUCAACGCCAUUAACUACCAAGGGCCAAAUCUGGCGGCAGAUUUCAUUUUUUCUAACUUCAGCGGGAGUCCAGAGGAAGCUCGGGUCUUGGAUGUCGCUUGUGGGCCUGGACAGAUGGCUAAACUGAUGAGUGAAGUUGGCUUCAAACACUUUGUGGGAGUCGACUGCAGUAAAGGAAUGCUGGAGGAAGCUGCUAAAACUGGUCUGUAUGAGGACCUCAAACAGGCCAGACUGGGAACUGACCCACUGCCUGCACAAGCUGGUACAUUCGAUGUAGUGGUGAUGGUUGGUGCUCUACAACCAAAUCUUGUACCAUUCAGCGUUUUCAGGGACUUGUGCAAUGUCACCAAACCAGGUGGUUUGAUUUGUCUCACAAAGGCUCAACACAGAACUGAUCCCGAAGGCUUUAUGGCUUCUCUGGAGAGAGAGCUGCAGCUCCUGGAGGACGAAGGACUGUGGACUCACGUAGGGUUCAACAAGUCUGACAGAUACAUCACAGAUUCAAAUAUGUUGGGCAGAGAAGAUAUGCAGGAUGAGAGAUUUCUUAGUGGAACUGUGUACCUCUUUAGAAAACCCCUCCUUUGAUCUCAUAUCCUCAGAAUCUUGGGCCCAAAGUGGAUCCGUUAAACCAAAGGAAUCUGUAACUGUUUGAUGUAUUGGGUGUUUUGUGAUGCACAAAAUAAACAUUGAUGGAAAUUAUA